GGGCAGGGGGGCUUUAAGCCGGACUGCUCUGCUAAAACAAACAGCGGUCGGCGUCUCGUGGACGGACGGAAUAGAAAAACCUGCACGAAGAUCGAAGCAGAGAAGAGAAGUGAGAAAACUGCAGUCAAAGGAGGAGAAGUUACGGAAGAAUCCGCUUUCAAAAGGACAGAAGCUAGAAAAACAGAAGCUAGACUCAACAAUGGGAGGCCGAUCGCGCCCCCCGGCAGCCGGCAGCGCCUCGCUCCUCGCGGCCCUGUGCAUCUUGACCCUGCUGCCCCGCGGCCUUGUGGGUAAGCCGGCGGAGGAGGGGGACGCGCUGCACCGGGUGAAGCGAGGCUGGGUGUGGAACCAGUUCUUCGUCCUGGAGGAGUACACCGGCCUGGAGCCGCUUUACAUCGGAAAGCUCCACUCCGACAUGGACAGAGGCGACGGCUCCAUCAAGUACAUCCUGUCGGGCGAGGGCGCCGGCACCACCUUCACCAUCGACGACGGCACGGGGGACAUCCACGCCAUCCAGAGGCUGGACCGCGAGGUGAAGGCCCAGUACCUCCUGCGGGCGCAGGCCCGCAACCGCCUGACGGACCAGCCGCUGGAGCCCGAGUCGCAGUUCGUGGUGAAGAUCCAGGACAUCAACGACAACGAGCCCAAGUUCCCGGACGGGCCCUACCACGCGUCCGUGCCCGAGAUGUCCCACAUAGGAACGUCCGUUAUCCAGCUGACCGCCACAGACGCCGACGACCCCACGUACGGCAGCAGCGCCCGCGUGGUCUACAGCAUCCUGGAGGGGCAGCCGUACUUCUCCGUGGACGCCAAGACCGGCGUGGUCCGCGUGUCCCUGGCAGACAUGGACAGGGAGACCAGAGAGAACUACACCGUGGUCAUCCAGGCCAAGGACAUGGGCGGUCAGCUGGGGGGGCUCGCCGGCACCACCAGCGUCAACAUCAGGCUGGGCGACGUCAACGACAACCCGCCCACGUUUGACCAGAGGCUGUACCAGAUGAGCAUCCCGGAGGCGGCCCCCGUGGGCUCGGUGGUGGGACGCAUCUGGGCCAAGGACCGGGACGUCGGGGUCAACGCCGAGAUGGAGUACAGCAUCAUCGACGGGGACGGCAGGGACACGUUCGACAUCAGCACCGACCCGACCAACCUCUUCGGAAUCAUCACAGUGAAAAGGCCGCUCAACUUUGAGAGCAAGCCCAGUUACACUCUGAAGGUGGAGGGCGCCAACACCCACCUGGACCCGGCCUUCCGGCACCGCGUGCCCUUCAAGGACAUGACCAUCGUGCACGUGAGCGUGGAGGACGUGGACGAGCCCCCGCUCUUCGACGCGCCGGCGUACUACGUGGAGCUGGCCGAGGACGCCGAGAUCGGCACCGUGGUGAGGACGGUGACGGCGAGGGACCCAGACGCCGCCAACAACACCGUCAGGUACUCCAUCGAGAAGUCCAGCGACCCAGACAAGUUCUUCUACCUGGAGAUCACUUCCGGCUCGCUGAUGACGGUGCGCUCGCUGGACCGAGAGGAAGUCGGCUGGCACAACAUCACCAUCCUCGCCAUGGAGAUGAACAACCCCACGCAGAUCUCCAGCGCGUCGGUGGCCGUGAGGGUCCUCGACGUGAACGACAACCCUCCCUCCCUGACGCACUACCUGGAGGCCUACGUGUGCGAGAGCGCCAAAGCGGGACAGCUGAUCCAGACCGUGACGGCCGUGGAUCCGGACCAGCCGCUGGGUGGACAACACUUCAGCUACCGCCUGGCUCCAGAGGCCGCCAACAACCCCAACUUCACCCUGAGGGACAACCAAGACAACACGGCGUGGAUCCUGACGCGGCGGGGGGGCUGGUCCCAGCAGGAUCAGACCGUCUUCUACCUGCCCGUCGUCAUCUCCGACGGCGAGCAGCCGGUGCAGACGAGCACCAGCACGCUGACCGUGCGCGUGUGCAGCUGCGACCGCGAGGGCAACGUCAUGUCGUGCGACGCCGAGGCGCACAGCCUGCCCGCCAGCCUCAGCCGGGGGGCGCUCAUCGCCAUCCUGGCCUGCAUCUUCGUGCUGCUCGUGAUGAUCCUGCUCAUGCUCUCCCUGCGGACCCACCGCAAGAAGCCCUACCUGUGCGACGAAGAGGAGAACGUGCACGAGAACAUCGUGCGCUACGACGACGAGGGCGGCGGCGAGGAGGACACCGAGGCCUUCGACAUCGGCGCCAUGUGGAACCCGCGCGAGGCCCACCACCCCCAGCCGCCCCCCCACCCGGGCAAGACCAGGCAGGACAUGCUGCCGGAGAUCGAGAGCCUGUCGCGCUACGUCCCGCAGGCGUGCGUGGCGGGCGGCGGCCUCGGCGAGGGCAGCAACGUGCGCGGCUACGUGCUGGCGAAGCUCCUGGACGCCGACUCCGACGCGUGCGCACCCCCCUACGACUCCCUGCAGACCUACGCCUACGAGGGGGAGGGCUCGGUGGCCGAGUCGCUCAGCUCGCUGCAGUCGGGGGCGUCCAACACGGACCACGAGUACGACUACCUCAGCGACUGGGGGCCUCGCUUCAAAAAACUGGCGGAGAUGUACGGCGCGCUGGAGACCAACGGCGCCCCCGCGUGGUAGAGCGCCGCCGCCCGAUCGCGCGUUUGUUUCUUGAAUCUGAUGAGUCUGAUGAAUCGCUCCAAACAAAAGAGGAAAAAAUGAAAAACACGAGUGCUGCCACGACAGGGGGUGGGACUUCCUGCCGAAGCCUUCGAGGCCUGAGAGGCCUCCAGCAGUAGUGUCAGCCCCUCCCCCAAAGACCGGAGGUGUGGCCUCAAAGCACAUGUCAGCCCCCCCUGGUGGGCGGGGCCUCUUUGCUUCAGAGGGACCUCCAGCUGUGAGCGUGGAGAUCUGAGGCUCGUGGUCAGUUUCAUCCGCGGCAGGUCCUCAUUUAUUCCUCAUGUGCUGUAUUUAUAUAUAUUUUUUGCUUAUAACUUAUUUGGCGGCUUCCAACCAACUCUGUGCUUCAGCUGCGUGAGGAGAUCUUUGAAGGAGCACGUCUGUGUUGUAACAUACAUGAUGGAAGAGUUCUCUGUUUGUCGUAUUGUUAUUGUUUUUGUAUCGUAACUGUUUUUCUCCACAAAAAAAACAAGAAGCGUUUCAAUCACGGGGGGGGGGGGGGGCCGGGGGGGCCUUUUGGGCACUCGAGGCACAUCUGGACGCGCGGCAGGACCGAGCCGCCUUUUCACCUCGGAUCCAGCGCCGCGCCGCCCCGAUCCGUCCAGCCUCCGGUCCCGUGAUUCUUCAGAGACGCUGAUAAUCUGCAUCAAGUGCCAAAUGUUUGAAAAACAACAACAAUAAGAAAAGACCUUUUUGGAUGAAGAGAAGAGACACAAACGGGCUUUUACACACUGGGACGUACGCGAAGGUAGAUUUUGAUAAUUUGGGUGACGUUUACUUGAAAUCUAUGUGGUGAGUCCUGCUGCACAGUGGCGUGUGAAUGUAGAUAUGUUUUUGUAUUCUUGGUAAUAAAAUGGGAAAAAUAA